ACUCCUAGCAAAAAACCGAAAAAAAAAAAAAAAGAAAAAGAAAUACUGAACUGAGAAUCGAUUGUCCCGUUUGGUUUUGAAAACGACGCGCUUUUUCUGUUGCCGCUAGGUUUAGCGGCUGCCACCAGAACCAGAGGAUGGAAGAUGAUAUCUUAGAGGAGCUGCUAAAUGUGGAGACGGAGCUUCAAGAAGUUCAAGACCAGAUAAAAAUAUUGCUUGAUCGGCAAGAGAAGUUGUAUGCAAGACAAUCUGAACUGAAGAUCCUAUUAGAAGAAUGUAAUGCAUCUGGAAGCCCAGCUGACGGUGGUGCUUCAGUUACUGUAGAGAACUGGUCAGGGCCAUUUGGGUGGGAUUCUGAGGCUGAUGAUAUUAGGUUUAAUGUUUUUGGCAUAUCUACAUAUCGUGCAAAUCAGCGGGAGAUAAUAAAUGCAGUCAUGAGUGGAAGAGAUGUUCUGGUCAUAAUGGCUGCUGGUGGUGGCAAGAGUCUCUGUUACCAAUUACCAGCCAUACUUCGUGAUGGAGUUGCUCUUGUAGUCAGUCCUUUGCUUUCCCUAAUCCAGGACCAGGUAAUGGGAUUAUCUGCUUUAGGCAUCCCAGCUUACAUGUUGACAUCAACUACAAGUAAGGAAGAUGAAAAAUUUAUAUAUAGGGCCCUUGAAAAAGGAGAAGGAGAGCUCAAGAUUUUGUAUGUUACACCUGAAAAGGUAUCAAAAAGCAAGAGGUUCAUGUCAAAGCUUGAAAAAUGCCAUCAUGGCGGUCGUCUCUCUCUUAUUGCAAUUGAUGAGGCACAUUGCUGUAGUCAAUGGGGCCAUGAUUUUCGUCCUGACUACAAGAAUCUUGGUAUUUUGAAGACUCAGUUUCCAAGUGUUCCAGUGGUCGCUUUGACUGCAACUGCUACUAAGAAGGUUCAAGCAGAUCUGAUGGAGAUGCUACAUAUUUCGAAAUGUAUUAAAUUUGUCAGCACAGUGAACAGGCCUAAUCUAUUUUAUAUGGUACGAGAUAAGUCUUCCGUUGGGAAGGUGGUUGUUGAUGAAAUUGCUGAUUUUAUACGUAGUUCAUAUCCAAAUAAUGAAUCUGGGAUUGUUUAUUGUUUCUCCAGAAAGGAAUGUGAACAGGUUGCAGAGGAGUUAUGUCAGAGAGGAAUUUCAGCUGGUUUCUAUCAUGCAGAUAUGGAUGUGGGUGCUCGUGAAAAAGUUCAUCUACGGUGGAGCAGUAACAAGUUGCAAGUCAUUGUUGGUACGGUGGCAUUUGGUAUGGGAAUCAAUAAGCCAGAUGUCAGGUUUGUCAUCCAUCAUAGCCUAAGCAAAUCAAUGGAGACAUACUACCAGGAAAGUGGUAGGGCAGGACGAGAUGGGCUUCCUUCGGAAUGUGUACUGUACUAUAGGCCUGGUGAUGUUCCUCGUCAGAGUUCUAUGGUCUUCUAUGAAAAUGCUGGGUUGCAGAAUCUCUAUGACAUGGUGCGAUAUUGUCAGUCUAAGAGAGGGUGCCGUCGAAGUGCUUUUUUCCAUCAUUUUGCUGAGCCAUUACAGGACUGCAAUGGGAUGUGUGACAACUGUGCAUUUGGAACUGAGCUCAAUGAAGUGGAUGUGACUCGUCAGGCAAAAGCUAUUGUUUCUCUACUACAGGAGAUACAAGAAAAAGACCAGAGGGCGACAAUGUUGCAACUGGUAGACAAGGUCAAAGUCAAGUAUAAGGAAUCAGGCUCGGACCUAAAGAAAGAGGAGACCGAACAGCUCAUCAUUCAGCUUAUAUUAGAUCGCGUUUUGAAAGAAGAGUUUCAACACACACCUUAUGCUACAAAUGCUUAUGUAACAAUAGGACCACUAUGGAAACAAGUAUUACAAGGCAAGAGGACAGUUAAACUUGAGAUUUGUGGUGGACGGAAAAGUAAUACUGGUAAUAUAAAAUCAGUGAAACGCAAUGGAUCAGUCUCAGCUUUGGAAAUUAAGCUUGACAACCUGCGGAAGGAACUCUCUUCCACUCAUGGGGGUAUAUUCCCUCAUGCUGUCUUGUCCACUCAACAGAUUAGUUUGUUAAGUGCACAGAGACCAACUUCCAUUGAACAGUUGGAGAAGAUAAUAGGGAAAUUGAAGACAGAAAAGUAUGGAAAGAGAAUUCUUGAACAAGUUGAGCAGUAUAUUGAAUCUGGGCAACCUGAUGAAGAUAAACGGAAUGAAGAGGAAUGCAGUGAAAACAGAGCUAAGAAGAGGUUGAAGACCAAGAAGGCACCUGUUUUAAUUGAGAGCAGUGAAGAUGAAGGAUGACAGAGCUCAGAGCAAAAUAUAAUGUCAUUGUGUGUAUUGCAUUGAACUUAAUCUGCCAAGUGAGGUAAACGCCUGCUAUUACUAGAUUGGAGAGGUGAACUCCAAGGCAGUCCCUUUGUUAGUUGUUACUAUGGCCUGAUGAUGUCACCUUUCAUAUGGUCCACACACAUGACAGAUUCAUGAGUCCAACCUUUUCAAGUUGUAAGCCAUCUUUUUUUCCGGUGACUGUAGAUUCUGAAUCAGGAAGUCAGCAACUGUAAUUCAGGUGAUUACAUGGUAAAUUUAUUUGCAACUUGAUAUGCAUAGUAAAGUGGUGUGUUCAUUCUA